AUGUCGACAGGAAAGAAACUGCCUGCGGGUUCAUCAUCAAACUUGAGAAGUACUACUAAGCUUGCUUCAUCUGUAUCAACAUCAAGUAAUCAAUCAUCUUCAUCAACAAAACAGGUUGAAUCACCAUCAUCACCACCGCCACCACCAUCACCACCAACAAUGGUUGGUAACAGUCCAAAAGAAGAUAUUUUAACAAAUUGUAAAGCAACAGCAAUGAUUUAUAAUGAUACACAAAAAAAAUGGAUACAUUGUGCACCAAAUGGUCCAGCUAAAAUUCAAUUACUAUUUGCUCCUGAAACUCAAACAUAUCGUAUUGUUGGCCGACAAAUACAAAAUCAUGAAGUUGUUUUAAAUCAUUCAAUAAUAAAAGGUAUUAAAUAUAAUCAAGCAACACCUACAUUUCAUCAGUGGCGUGAUCAAUCAUGUGUAUAUGGACUAAAUUUUUCAUCAAAACUUGAUGCACAAGAAUUUGGUACUACAAUGAUGAAAAUUCUGGAAAGUGUCAACGGUUCUACUAAUGUUUCUUCUCCGACGAAUACUAAUACUCAAGCAACGCUUCCAUCGAUGACACAAACUAAUAAUACUAAUAAUAACAGUGCAACGUCGAAUAUACGUCAAACCAACCAGCCUUCUUCUUCUGCGCCUUCUUCGACGGCAACAACAGUAUCUAUCCAUUCCACGUCCAAUUCUUCUUCUUCUUCUUCUGUAUCUGAUUUAAAGCAACAACAGCAACAACAACAACAACAUUCGUCGCCGUCUUACAGUACUCAAUUGCGUCCAAAUUCAACAUCAAUAAAUUCUAUACCAAUUUCAACUAGUAAUAAUUAUUAUAGUCAAAAUCAUCCACCAACUGAAGACGACGAUACAAAUUACGCACUCAUUUCAGAUUCAUAUUCAUCAUACGGUGAUAAUUUAACAAAUAAAACCACUAAUAUUCCACCAGCUCCACCAAUAAAUCCAUCCAUGCCGACAACAGGUAGUGCUCCUCCUGCUGCUCCACCACCGCCACCACCACCACCACCACCACCUCCUCCUCCUCCAUUGCCUAAUGGUUUAGGUAGUGGACCACCACCUGCACCUGCAUUACUCCUUCCUAAUGCUAAUGGAAAUGGUGGUGCGAAUACAGCACGAAAAUCAAGUACAGCUACGAGUGCUCCACCAAUGGAUUUGAUGUCUGAAAUGGCAGCUAAAUUUGCUCAACGACGCAAAGUUAUUGAUGAAGGUGAUAAAACUGAUUCAUCACAGGCAGCUCCUAGUAAAGCAUCACCAAAAGUAGCAACAUCAACUUUACCAACAACAACAGCUGCACCUGUUCCAACAUCACCACGUGUUGCACGAAAAACAAAUGAAUCAAAUCCAACAAGUAAUAUAUCAAAUGAUCUGGAAAAAGUCAAAAAUGAAAUAUUAACGGAAAUACGUAAAGAGAUUGAAAAAGCUAAACAAGAAAUUCUUACUGCUAUUCUCGAUCAACAAAAACGUAUCAAAAAAUAA